AUGUGUGGGGACAGGCCCCUCGUGCGGUGGGACGGACACCGCGUCAUAGAACGGCGGUCCGAGCGGUACCUGAUGGACGGUGCGGUCCCAGGAGACGUGUCCCUGACCAUCCUGGACCUGAGGACUGAAGAUGCAGGGACUUACAGCUGCAGAGUGGAUCUGCCCUGGGCACUGGACCACAAACAGUACUAUAUUCUGCAGGUCAGGCCCGCUGAAGCCCGGAGCUCCGCCGCUCCUCUCUUCACCUCUCUCCCCUCGUCCACCGCAGAUCACAUGACCCUGCGUCACAUGACCUCGGCCCACGUGACCAGCGCCUCUCCGCAGAUCUGGACUUCCUCCUCCGGGCGCCGAGCAGAGGUGAAAAACAGAUCUUCAUCAGUUCUUUGA